AUAUGGAGGUCUUGACGUUACUUGAGAUCGUGGCUGUUCUGUGGGUGACGUAUUUGGUGGUGACUUGGUGGUUGGAGAGAGGACGUCUGUCACAGCUGACCGACAAGACCGUCCUCAUCACGGGGUGUGACACCGGCUUUGGGAACCUCCUGGCCCGGCGGCUGGACCAGCUCGGCCUGCGGGUGUUCGCGGGCUGUCUGACCGAGGCCGGCGUGGCGGAGUUACGGCAGGACUGCUCCGAACGGCUGCAGCCGAUCCAGAUGGACGUCACCAAAACGGACAGCGUACAGGAUGCCUUCAGGGUGGUGAAGCAAGCUGUGGGGAGUAAAGGUUUGUGGGGGCUGGUCAACAACGCGGGUAUUCUGGGUGUUAUCACUGGAACUAUGGAAUGGGCCACCCUGGAAGAUUAUCAGGCCGUCCUGAACGUGAACUUGCUGGGGAUGAUUGACGUCACCAAGACAUUUCUCCCGCUUCUCAAGAAGUCACGUGGCCGGAUCGUCAACGUCGCAAGUGGUGCCGGGAGAAUAGCCUUGCCGAAUGCGUAUGGCGGACCUUACGCUGUGUCUAAAUAUGGCGCGGAGGCGUUUUCCGACUCUCUGAGACGGGCUAUGAGAUGCUUUGGCAUCAAAGUCCACAUCAUCGAGCCUGGGUUCUUCCGGACCCCAAUCAACAGCCAGGAGAACCUCCUGCGGCGCCUGGACCAGACCUGGCAGCGGCAGAGUCUGGAGACCAAGACUGAGUACGGAGAAGGGUUCCUACAAGCCACAAAAGACGCCAUAGUGGCUGCAGAUCGUUCCAUGCAAGAUCCAGUUGCCGUUCUGGACGCACUGGAGCACGCGCUGUGCGCUACCCACCCCCGGAGCCGUUACGUGGUUGGUUGGGACGCCCGUUACGUGUUUAUGCCGAUUUCCUGGCUGCCAACAGACCUGGGCGAUCUGGCCUUACGGCUGGUGGCACCGGAAAUAACGCCUACACCGGCUUGUUGUAAGGGUGGACAUUAGCAUACCCUGGAAGCCAAACUCGUUUCGGGCCGACAGCCGUUCCCUUCGGCAGCCAAGAGCCCUU